UGAAAUCCCACAAAAAAAAAAAAAAAAAAAACCCCAUUAUUCUAUAAAGGUUUUUGCAUUGAUUUUUCAAAGCAGAGCUAAGGUUUGGAUCAGAGGGUCCCAUCAUCACCAUCAUCAAGACCCAGAAGCAAUCUCAGCAGUUUGAUUUGAUGACUUCUGCUUUGACAUGUCGCCGCCGUUACUAGAACCUGAAGCUCCUCCUUCACACACAACAACAAGAAAAACCCAACAAAGCCACAGCUUUAACGGUGAGUUUUCUCUUCCUCUCCCAUUUAAUUCUCCUGGGUAUCUUUCAAAAUCUCAUUUUGUGCCAAUGAACCCAUCAAAUUUUGGUGAUCAAACUUCUGGGUUUUCGAAUUCUAAUCAAAAUGAUCCCAAUUUCGGCUUCAAUACGCCGUCUUUUCCACGAUCAACCUCCGGUACUUCGAGGCCGAGGCUUGUGAAGUUGAGGAGGCAAUCUAAUUCUCAGAAUUUGAGGCCAAACGCCCCCGGUUUCAAUCCGUUCAGGCCUGGUUCGGAAAAUUCGGUUCUGUCAGGAACUGGGACUUCGGUUUCCGGGUUGGGCAGUGGGGGGAAUGAGGCAUUUAUGUUUGGAGAGAAUAGGAAUGAUUUGGGUGUGAAUUUUAAUCAGGGGAAGUGGGAUUCUAGUGGAGGUUCGGGAAAAGGAGUUAUUGAGGAAAUGGGGAAUUUGAGAAUUGGGAGUGGGGAUGAGUUUGUGAAUAUUAGGCAGAGUUCGAGUUUAUCUGGGGGGUUGGAGAGUGGUGGCUUUGUAUUCGGAAGUGGGUAUAAGAAGGGUUCUAGUAUUGAUGAAAGCAUUGCGUCGGAGCUUCCAGAAAAUUUGAAGAAGUUGAACAUUGAAGGUUCGGGGCAUGGUGAAGGUAUUGAGAAAAUUAGAGAUGGAAGGUUUAAUGUAGGUGUGGUUGAUAAGACCAAGUUUGGUUUUGGGAGUGGUGACAAUGUGGGUAGUUCCUUUGAUAGUAGUGUGGGAGCAGAACUCCCAAAUGAAUUGAUGAAUAAAUUGAACAUUAAAGAAGCUGGCCGCUUUGAUGCCAAUGAUAUGAGUAUGUUUGUAUUUGGAAGUCGUAAAAAAGGUGAUGAUUCAUUUGCUGGAAGUUCAGUAAACACACUUCCUGAUCAGUUGAAGAGUCUGAACAUCAAGGAAACUUUAAAUUCUAAGAGUUUUGAGAAGAAAGAAGUUAAUAUUAGGACCAAUGAAAAAGAGAACCCUGUUCUUGGAACCAGUAAAAGUACUAGCGGUUUGUAUGAUGGAAGAAAAGAAGCUCUGCUUUCGAAGAAGAUGGAGAAGUUGAAAGUAGGAAGUGGGGCAGAAGACUCUGUAUCGGAUACAGGGUCGUCUGCCUCUCGAGAAUUUGUGAAGGAGAUGCAAACGGGAAAUUUUGGUGAUAAGUUAUUCCAUGACCUUGAUAAAUCAGUACCCACAGAAUUCACUUUUCAGCCAGGAUUGCAGAGUAAGGAUGCCAGUGGUAGUCAAGUUCCUUUCGAUGAACCGAAAGAUGAUACCAAACUUGGUGGAAAUGUUUCAUCGCCAUCUUCAUUUUCAUCUAGUGAUACGGGUUUUCCACCAGCUGGGAGUGCUUUUGAAAGGCCUAUGGCUGAGUUUAGCUUUGCAAGCAAACAAGACGGUAUAGGGACACCCUUUGUAGAAUUUAAAACACCAAAACCAAAAGCUAACAUAUUUUCAGGCAUAAAUCAGAAAAUGGAAUUCAGUGCAAAGAGGGAAUCAACCAGAGACUCAAGAGUUAAGAAAAUGAGUGGAAAAUUGAAAAAUCCCACCCCAGUUAAGCUGUGGCCUGGUCAAAAUUUUGUUUCAAAGGAAAGUGAUUCCCAAGAGAACCCAGAGCCUUCUGAAUCUUAUUCACCCAUGGAUAUUUCCCCAUAUCAGGAGACAUUGCCUGAUAACCGUUACUCGAGAGAAAAUUCUGUGACAUCUGAUGAGUCAUUCAGUCUUGAUAACAGCUAUGGAGCAUCUGAUUCAGCACCAACGGUUUCAAGUGAUGCUAUAGAUGAAGAUUUGAUUAUUGCAACACAAUGCUUGGAUAUGAAUGAUGGUGACUCAAUAUGCCAAGAAGCAAAAGUCGGAGAUUCUGAAUACCAUUCUUAUGGAAGUGUUGGUGCUGGAGACCUUCAGGAAGAUUCUGCUUCUGGGGUUGAAACUGAAAGCUUCAAGUCUGCAGCUGAGGAGGUAGACUUUAAUAUUGAUGUUGCUGUUACAUCAGCAGAAGCUGAAGCCAGUCCAAGCUUAAACAUUGAGAGGCAUGAUAGUGAUGGCAGGAUGCACAUUGGUAUUGCUUCAAGUUCAGAAGACAUAAAUGGGUCUAACUUUACCUUUGCUGCCUCUUCUGCCGCUCAAGAUCAAUUAUCCGCUUUGAAACGCCACCAGAAAAAGAAAAAUUUGUUGAAAGUUGGUCAUGAUAUGUACGAUUCUACACUCAAUGCAAAAGUUUCAUAUGCAUCAUCCUCUGCGAAUCUUUUUCCAUUAUCUGGAACUUCAUUGCCUUCGUCUCCUGGGCGGGUUCAGAAGGGAGAUUUAUCUACUUCUCAAUCCAAGGUUAAAACAGAUUCAGAGCCAGAUAAAAACCCAGAGAUCAAGCAAGAGUCUGCUGCCAGUGUUGCAUCUCAGGAAGCAUGUGAGAAGUGGCGACUAAGGGGAAACCAGGCCUACAAGCGUGGGGAUCUGUCUAAAGCGGAGGAUUGUUACACAGAAGGGGUGAACUGUGUUUCCACAAGUGAGACAUCUAGAAGCUGUCUAAGGGCUUUAAUGCUAUGCUAUAGCAACCGUGCAGCAACGCGUAUGUCUCUUGGAAGAUUGAGAGAUGCACUGGGGGACUGUGUGAAGGCUGCUGCAAUAGAUCCCAACUUCCUUAGGGUGCAACUUAGAGCUGCAAAUUGCUACCUUGCCCUUGGAGAAGUUGAAGAUGCAUCAAAAUAUUUCAAGAGGUGCCUGCAAUUAGGAAGCGACAUCUGUGUGGACCGGAAUAUUGCAGUAGAAGCAUCUGAUGGCUUACAAAAGGCGCAGAAAGUGUCAGUAUGCAUGAAUCGCUGUGCCGAACUUAUGCAAAGGAGCACAUCCAAUGAUGCAGAGACUGCUUUGGAAGUAAUUGCUGAGGCUUUGACAUUAAGCUCGUUCUCAGAAAAAUUACUAGAAAUGAAAGCAAAUGCUCUUUUCAUGCUCCGGAGGUAUGAUGAGGUGAUUCAGUUGUGUGAUCAGACUCUUGGUUCUGCUGAAAAGAACUCUCCUCCAGUGGAAGCUAGUGCCCGUGAAAGAAGUCUGAAUGAUUCUGAAAUCUUGGAGAACUAUUACUUCAGGCUUUGGCGAUGCCGCCUGAUUUUUAAAUCCUACUUCCAUUUAGGAAGGCUUGAGGAGGGUCUUGCUUUUCUUGAGGAGCAACAGGACAAAGUAUCUGUAACAAAUAGGAAUGGAAGUGAGGCCCUGGAAUCAUUAAUACCCCUAGCUGGCACUGUACGUGAGCUCUUGCGUCAUAAGGCUGCAGGGAAUGAAGCGUUUCAGGCAGGACGGCAUGCAGAAGCAGUUGAACAUUAUACUGCUGCUUUGUCAUGCAAUGUGGCGCCACGUCCUUUUGCAGCUGUUUGUUUUUGCAAUCGUGCUGCUGCAUACAAAGCCUCGGGCCAGAUUACUGAUGCUAUUGCAGAUUGUAGCCUGGCUAUUGCUCUUGAUGGAAAUUAUCUUAAGGCAAUCUCAAGACGAGCAACUCUAUAUGAGAUGAUCAGAGAUUAUGGUCAAGCGGCUAGUGAUCUUCGGAGACUUGUAUCUAUUCUCACUAAGCAAAUAGAGGAAAAGACCAAGCAGUCUGGAGCUGCUGACCGAUCGAAUAGCUGUGCAAAUGAUUUGAGACAUGCUCGUCUGCGGCUUGCUGAAAUAGAAGAAGAAGCCAGAAAAGAAAUCCCCUUGGAUAUGUACCUGAUUCUGGGAAUUGGUCCAUCUGUUUCAGCAUCUGAAAUUAAGAAGGCCUAUCGGAAAGCUGCACUGAAACAUCAUCCUGAUAAGGCUAGUCAAUCCUUGGCAAAAAGUGACAAUGGGGAUGACAGGCUGUGGAAGGCAACAGCAGAAGAAGUUCAUAAGGAUGCCGACAAACUUUUUAAAAUGAUUGGAGAGGCAUAUGCAGUACUUUCAGACUCUAUCAAGCGUUCACGGUAUGAUGCUGAAGAAGAGAUGCGGAAUGCCCAAAAGAAACGUACUGGAAGCAGCACAUCUAGAGCACAAACAGAUGCCCAGUACCAUCCAUUUGAAACAAGUAGCAGUAGGCGGCAAUGGAGAGAGGUUUGGAGAUCAUAUGGUAACUCACCCUCUAGAGGGUCGGAAGGCACUCGAGUGGGCAGGUAUUCAUGAAAACUUUGUGUGGAUGUGCAUAAUUAGAAUCUUGAGUUCUGAUCAACAAGUCAGAGGGGAGGGGCUAGUCAGAUGCUCAUAUGCAUUCUAUAUGUAGCUUCGGCUUAGAGGUCCCACAGACAGGCAAUUACUUUAAGCGACUUUUUGAGAUCUAGUGGCAUGUGUUUUGCUGGAGGUGCUAGCCGGGCAAUAGGUCAGAUUGAGAAUCGCAGUGUUCUCUUUGACCUAUAAUUUUUUCAAUAUAUAUAUGAAAAAAAAAAAAAAACUAGUUUUCUGAAAAGUAUAUUAACGUUUUGAUAGUUUGAAGGAGGUGAGCUUUUGUUUGAAAAAGAAAAAAAUGGGAAGGACGAAAGAAAGAAAGAAGAAAAGAGUUUGCUCUUUCUUACACAAUAUCUAAAGGAGAGGUCUGACCGGUCGUUUGAGCUAUAUAAAUUUAUUGGUAACAUGUACAGCAGUGAUGAAAUGUGGCAUUUCAAAAAAGAAACUUACUGGCUUUAGAAGUUUGCUAGUUCUGGCUGGGAUUAAACAGAUGAGUGGGGAACAAAGGGAUUUCCUGAUUGGUUCUAAAAUCUUUGCUAUCUUUUCUUUAUGUUGGUUAUAUGUUCUUUUUCAAAACAUUCAUCCGAGUAUGAGAGGAAGAUUGUUCCUCCAACAUAUGGUCUGAUGCCACGAAAUGAGAGAUUUUCUAUUUGUAAUUGUAUUGAGACGUUUCGCUGUACAGUCACUGUAUAUCAUGUUAUUUGCUAAUCCAACCCAAAAAAAAAAGGGAAAAAGAAAAAGUAUAGGCAAGAAGUUUGAAAGGGUUUUCUGCAUUUA